AUGUAUUACUUUCCUGAUCGCGCACGGAUUAUUAUUGAUAGAAUUAUGAACCAUUUACAGUAUGGAAAGCACGGAUUAAGGGAGCAAGCGGAUGUGAAAGUGGAUGUGGAUCUGGAUGUGUUUCCGAAGGAUUCCGGGAGUGGGGGUGUACCUAUAGUUUGGGGUUUUGAGGUUGAUGGCGCUACUAGUGUUGCUGGUGAUGUGGUGAUGUGGUGGAGGGUCUGA